AGGGCCCUCCUCUCAGCGCCGCGGCCCACGGCGGCCGCCCCUCGCCCGCCCUUCCCCAGGCCCGUCCCGGGAUCGGGGGUUGAAAUCGUGGACGUGACUGGGAGGAGUCUGCCCGCCUCGGAUUUCCGUCUCGGCCGCACAGGCCGGGCCGCGACCAUGGCGGAGCCCACGGUGUGCUCCUUCCUCACCAAGGUGCUGUGCGCCCACGGCGGCCGCAUGUUUCUGCAGGACCUGCGCGGCCACGUGGAGCUCUCGGAGGCCCGGCUCGGGCAGGUGCUGCGCCAGGCCGGGCCCGACCGCUUCCUGCUGCAGGAGGUGGAGGUGCGGGAGGGCCCGUGGGACGCCGAGGCCGAGGCGGCGGCGGGCGCGGUUGGCGCCGGCGGCGGCGGCGGCGGCCCCGCGGCCUGGAGGGUGGUGGCCGUGUCCUCCGCUCGCCUCUGCGCCCGCUACCAGCGCGGCGAGUGCCAGGCCUGCGACCAGCUGCACCUCUGCCGCCGCCACAUGCUGGGCAAGUGCCCGAACCGCGACUGCUGGUCUACCUGUACCCUUUCCCAUGAUAUCCACACACCUGUCAACAUCCAAGUCCUGAAAAACCAUGGACUGUUUGGCCUCAACGAGGCCCAGCUUCGGAUCCUGCUUUUACAGAAUGACCCCUGCCUUUUACCAGAGGUCUGUUUGCUCUACAACAAAGGUGAAGCCCUGUAUGGUUACUGCAACCUCAAGGAUAAAUGCAGCAAGUUUCACGUGUGCAAGUCCUUUGUCAGGGGGGAGUGCAGGCUACAGAAAUGCAAGCGGUCCCAUCAGCUCAUUCACGCGACAGCCCUGAAGCUGCUGCAGGACCAAGGACUGAAUAUUCCAAGUGUCGUUAAUUUUCAGAUCAUCUCCACCUACAAGCACAUGAAGCUGCACAAGAUGCUUGAAAAUAAAGAUAAUUCAGCUUCUGCUGAGCAUUCCCAGGGCCCUGAGAAACAAGGAGUACACGGAGCUGGGGCUGCAGAAGCCAGUCCUCUGGUCUCUGUCCCUGCGGGGUCGGCCAAGAAGCCAUGUGCAGGUAAACCUUAAAGGACAUCAUCAGUGAGAUAAGAAGACGCUUGUCCAAUUGGAAGGUCUGAACACAAAGCUUCUGUUGAGCUUUAAUUUGUAACCAUUCAUUUAAUCAUUUAUUAAUAGUAGGCAUAAUAAUACCUACCUCACAGGUGGUUUGGAGAGUUAAGGAGGAUGAAAAAGGAGAAAAUGCCAGACUAGGAGGAUAAAACUGGGGAUGGGUGGUUGGGGAUGAGGUUGGACCUUGAGCAGGCAAAGAGAUGGUAACACCUGAGUGUAGGUGGGCUCAGACCUGGGCAAACCCUGCAGUCGUGGAGGGCUUUCCCCAGGCUGGCUGGCUGGGGCUCUUAAAGAGACAGGUUCCUGCUGACUAGUUCUGGGAUCCAGCCAAGUGUUUUUUUCCAUAUGCCCAUGUACACAGUUUAUAUUGUGGCAUUUGUAGACUAUGGUAUAUGUACAUUUUAUGCUCUUUCUUUUUGCUUAAUUUUCCAUAAGCAUCUCUCCAUAUUUGUUCACAUUUAUCAUGCAUAAUCAUUUUUAUGCACAGAUACACUAAUUUAUCAUAGUUUACUUAACUGGUUCCCUUAUUCUGGGAUAUUCUGAUUCUUUCUAACAAACUUCAAAUAUACCUCUUUUCUUAAAAUCCACACAAUAUUGAAUUUUUAAGUUAUUCUUGACUUUGACUUUGUUUAUAGUUGCUGAAUGAUACUGUCUUUUGGUUUUCAUUUCUUUAAGAAUGCAUGCAAGUUGAUAUUUCUCUCUGUCUGCUUUCUGCGUGUCUUUAUUUUGUGCGGUUUGUCCAUGCCCUUAAAUUGCUGGGGCCCUCCUCUGUGCUAAUGUGAUCUGGCCGUUAAUUAGGCUCCUUAAUUUUCAUAGAAGGCUGUAUAUGACAUCAUAUCCAACUCUUGUGGAUCCAUCCUUAACCAACACCACAGAGUAUGUAACUUUUGGGUGCUCACCAGAGAUUUCUACCUCACUCUGUCUACUUUCCAUUUCUUACUAAACUUUUACCAAAGCUCAAAUUCUGUAGUUUGAAUGAUGGUAGUUCAUCCAUUGUGCUAAGUUGGAUCCAUUCUUUCUGUGAUCAGGAUGGACCAUCAGAAACGUAUAUACCUCACCCAUUUCGUUGUGACUUCUCCCUCCUUCCUCUCUGCCCCUGUCCACGUGGCAGUCUCUAUCCAGUUGAAUCUGAUGUUUAGUUCUUUGUUUUCCAUCAAGAGGUACCACAGAGAAGCAGGUUUGUGAAAUUCUUUCCUGCGUUUGCUGUAGUAAUAGCCCCAAAUGUUGGUGUGUAACGUGUUUUGUUUUGUUUUAAUUUAACGGGCAAUGACAUAGCAUUUGAGAAGUGGGGCCAAAGUAGUGAGCUUUCCAUCAAGCUAAAUUUAUUUAUUUAGAAAAUUUUUGAUUGUGAAAAACUUUCUUUUCUAUUGGAGGUGUUGCAAAAAUGUCCUUUAGGAGUGAGAAACUGUAUUCUCUCCUAAUGGACUAAGAGUCAUGCAAAUUAUGGUCAUCUCUUCAUUUUGAUCGUCACCAACAGUAUUUCUGAAAGCUCUUAUGUUCUGCAAGUCUUGUUUCUUUUUUCCUGGUUAUGAUUUCUCCUGGUGCUAAUUUUUUUAAAAAUAUUUUCACAUUUUAUUAUUAUUAUUAUUUACAUUAUACUCUUUUACUAUUAUAUUUCUUUUAUAAGCCAUGUUAAAUCCUUAAUGGA